UGUCACAAACAAGGCAGGACGGCACAGAAAUGCUGCACAGCUCAGUUUUGGGGCUCAGGUGCUGUGAAGCCAAGCACAGAUUUGACAUGGAGAAGUUUCCUUGGCUGGAAGGUCUCCUGGCUGCUUUGCAACCACUUCAGAGAGGAGGAGAGACCAUAAAAAGGGAGAAGAUUGCAAACAGAGCCCUGUCUCCAUGGCAGCCUGCAGCUCCACUUCUAAAUUUUCCCUGUACAUGGAGAGGAUGCUUCUCCCCUGGAUGCUCUUAGGGGAGUUUUGCAGCAGAAAGAGCCUUAGUCCGGGUAUGUCCUGGUGGUUGGUGCUUGGGAAAGAAACCCUUGGUGCUACCAUCAUGUCAUAACCUGGGGAAAAAGGCUCACUGUCCUUCAUUAUUGUUUUACCCAUAAUUAGGGGGACAUGUGCGAAGCCGGUGGAAUCAGAAAGCUGGGAGGAAAAGUAUUUAGGGCUCAUUUCAAGUUACAUGAAGUUCUUGGCUAUUUUUAGCUAGACAGAAAAACCCUUUCCAUCAAUCAGACCCCAGAGAACACGCGUGGGAGACGCGUAGGACACCAAACCUCAGCGGUCAGGCUGCGGCUCCGCCGAUGAGCACCAGGCACAGACCUCGCCGCAUGGGAGCCGUGCAGGCAGGGACUGAAGAACAGCAUCUCUGCAGCUUCCCAACCACGCUCAGAGCCACCUGCAAGAUGUACAGAGACACUGAGCUGCCUCGGGCAAGCCAGCCCUUUGUAACCAGCUUUUUUGGAUGUCCCCCCCCAUGCUCACACCCUGGCAGAUUGUGUUUUACAGGGUCGGAAAUAGACGCGCGAGAAGGGGCCUCGCGGAUCGCAAGUGAAAGCCGCGCUCAGCUGUCACCCACCCCGGCACCAGCUGCCAGCCCCAGACGGUUCCCAAAAUAACCAGCCCGUGGUGGGGACGUGAGGGCCCCUCGCCCUCCGCUGAGGGAAGGAGAUGUCGCUUUGCACCCGCCAGCCUCGCAGGAACGGUCUGCCAUGGAUGGUACCGUCCUCCCCGGGAAGAGCAUCGUCUCCCCAACAGCAUCCUGGGGCUGCACGAACCCCUGCCCAAAACUUGCCCCAGUCUGGAGGUGGUGGCCGUUCCACGGCGCUGGCAUCGCCGCUCAGGUGUCCCUGCAACCGCCCUGGCUCGCAGCUCCCGGGUGCAGCGAGGGCUUUGCUAUGAUUGCAGCAGCCGCCGGCUCUUCCCGCCUCCCGGACCCCUCGCCGCGCUCCCCCCGCCGCAUGUCCCCAUCCCAGGAGCAGCAUGGGCAGCGUCAGUAGCCUCAUCUCCGGCCACAGCUUCCACAGCAAGCACUGCCGAGCCUCCCAGUACAAGCUCCGCAAGUCGUCCCACCUGAAGAAGCUCAACAGGUACUCAGACGGGCUGCUGCGCUUCGGCUUCUCCCAGGACUCCAGCCACAAGUCCGGCUCCAAAAGCAGCAAGAAUGAGGAUUUCUUUUACAUCAAGGUCAGCCAGAAAGCGCAUGGCUCCCACCGAGCGGACUAUACCUCGCUGGCCGGCGGGGAGCUGGGCAGCCAAGCUGGGACGAGCGGCAUGGACUUCGGGUCGCCCACUCCGCAGAAGCUGAUGCCCUUUCCCAGUCAGCUGGAAGUGGGUGCGGAGAAGCCAGUCGUGCGACCCACCGCCUUCAAGCCGGUGCUGCCGCGCUCUGGCGCCAUCCUCCACUCCUCCCCGGAGAACGGGGGGCACCUCUCCCAGCAGCUGCACCCCUCGGACAAAGCCAAGGAGCAGGAGCUGAAGCCGGUGUUGUGCUCAGGGGGUCUGUCUGACUCCGGCAGGAACUCCAUGUCCAGCCUCCCCACCCACAGCACCAGCAGCAGUUACCAGCUCGAGCCCCUCGUCACCCCCAUGGGACCCAUCAGCCGCUUCGGGGGCUCAGCCCACAACAUCUUGCAAUGCGCCAUCAUCCAGGACAGCAACAUGAUGAGCCUCAAGGCCAUGUCCUUCUCCGACGGGGGCAACAAGAUCCUCAACCCUGGCAAAGCCCCGCACCACCACGUCGCCGAGAAGACCACUUGCAUCCGUUCGCCCAUCUCCACGGAUGAGUCCACCAUCCAGGAGCUGGAGCAGAAGCUGCUGGAGAGGGAGGGAGAGCUGCAGGAGCUUCAGUCGAGCUUCGAGGAGAAGGAAAUCAGCUCCUGCCAGGCGUAUGAAGAGAAGCAGCGGCGCUGCAAGGAAGAGCUGGAGGGGCUCAAGCAGAAAUGCAACAGCAAGCUCAAGCAAACCUCGCAGAAAACCCAGCGAACGCAGCAGGUCCUUCACCUUCAAGUGUUCCAGCUGCAACAGGAGAAGAAGCAGCUCCGGGAGGAGCUGGAGAACCUCAUCAAAGAGCAAAACCUGCUGGAAACCAAGCUGAGGUCCUAUGAGAAGGAGAAGACCAGCUUUGCUCCGGCGCUGGAGGAGACCCAAUGGGAGGUGUGCCAGAAGUCGGGGGAGAUCUCCCUCCUGAAGCAGCAGCUGAAGGAAUCCCAGACGGAGCUCAACACCAAGACCACCGAGAUCCUCAGCCUGAAGGCUCAGCUGAAGGAGGUGAGGAUGAAGAUGGAAGGGCUGGAGAUGAAGACCCAAGACCUGGAGGGCUCCCUGCGCACCAAAGCCAUGGAGCUGGAGGUGUGCGAGAACGAGCUCCAGCGCAAGAAGAAUGAGUCGGAGCUGCUGAGGGAGAAGGUGAACCUGCUGGAGCAGGAGAUCGUGGACCUGCGCACGGAGCUGGCGGUGCUCAGGGAGCAGCUGAGCGAAGCGCGGGAGGCGGGCAGGCCCUGCGCCGGGGGGGACGAUGCCCAAGCGCUGCAGGGAGAGCUGGAGAGGCUGCGGGCAGAGCUGAAGGCUGAGCGGGACAACAACGAGCAGAUGACCUCGGGCUUCCAGCACGAGCGGCAGACGUGGAAGGAGGAGAAGGAGAAGGUGAUUCACUACCAGAAGCAGCUGCAGCAGAGCUACCUGCACAUGUACAAGAGGAACCAGAACCUGGAGAAGAUGCUCCAGCAGCUCGCCGCGGGGGAAGAUGGCAAGGAGCCCAUCGAGCUGGAUAUACCCGGUGCUGACGUCCCCUACGAGGACAUCAUCGCCACCGAGAUCUGAGCCGGGUCUGCCUUCUCCUCCCUGCAGCUCGAGGGAAGCACUGCCCCACGCCUUGUACAGUUCAGAUGAGCCAUGUAUUUAUUCGCAGAGCUGGCGGCCUGUCCGGCUCACCAGCCCUUGUCCCUUGCCCGUGUCGCACCGCGGCCGUGCCGUCCGCCGCCCGUCGUGUUACAGAGGUGAACAAGCCACUCGUGCCAAUGGUGACGUGCCAGCAGCCCCCCCUCGCCCUGCUGCCGCCUCGGCAGCCUCCCCUCUGCCCCCUUGUAGGACCGAGAAGCCGGGGAUGGGGGUAGUCAGGGAACAGGACUUCAGCAAAUAGUCUCCUGUUGGGUGACGAGGUGAUGCAGAACUCCCAGGGGACGCUCUGCUCCGGGCGCAGAGGGAUCCCGUGAUGGCACAGCGACACCACAGCCCUUCCCACCGUCCUCAAGAGGAACCACAGCACAUUUCCAGCCUGGAGGAAGCCCCACGCUGCUCUCACACCUUCUCAACCUUCCUCCGGUUGGUGCCAUCUCCAGGGCACCAAGGAGCCACCUCCUGCCACCAGCACAGGCUGCACAUCCACUUCUGCCAUCCCUCAGCUGCUGGAGCACCUCAGGAAGGAGCCUGCCUGCACACACGCACACCCUGCACCCCAUUACAGCCAACACCCCCCAAAAAUCACCCUUCACUAAGGAGCACAGCCCAGGCUGCACCCGGCGCAUCCCUCCUCCCAGACACAGCCACAUCCAGCCCAGCUCGGACACACGAGAACUCCACGUCCCUGUUCUCCAGCCGCCAGACAGGCAACUGGAUUUAAGCAUUAACAGGAAUUUCCAAUGCACGGUCAGCCCGAGGAACGGAGCGGGAGAUGGGUUGUGUUUGCCCCACGCGCUCUCGCUUGCUGUGACCGUCCCUCCCGGGAACCCCGGCUGCCUCAUCUCCUCCCGUCCCCAUCCGUCCUUGGGAUCCCGUCAACAGGAGCUGGUUAAAACCAAACCUCAAACCAACCACUUUCAUGUUGUUUCCCAUCUCAGCUCUUAACAUUUCCUCCUGCCGCCAGCAAGCAGAUAACAAGGCCCUACCUACAGUGACUCCCCUGUCCCCCGGCAUCCAGCUCACCGCGGGGAGGUGUCCUGCCGGGACCGCUCUGUGCCAUUGCAAUGGUAUUUUUAAUGUAAUGUAUAUGUUUACCCAGCCCAGGAAGCCCCAUCCCAGGGUUGUGUGGGGAUCUCACACCGUCCCAUGCCACAAAUUCAGCCAAGGGCUCAGAGCUGUGCACAAGCAGCACAAUCCACACCCCUCACCCCAUUCGAGGCAGCCUGGAAAGGUGACACACGGAAACCAGUCUGUGCCUUCUGCACCUGCCCCCAGCCAUCCUGGCAUCCCAGUCUGGCCCAGCACAAAGCAAACCUUAUCCGGGAGCCACUGGAAGAAACCCAACCUGCAGCCCCAGCCCCAGGGCUGUGGGUAGGGGCCGUGCCAGGUCCCGCAGCCUUAGCCCGGACCCCUGGGAGGACGUUUGGGAGAGAAGCCCAAGGGAUGAAGGACAACACCUGGCUCACGAGGCCAGGAGGGAUUUUCUGCAUCAUCCAAGCCAUAGCCCUGCGCCCCACGUCAAUCAGGGCUUUCCAGUGCCAACCACGGUGCGAGGGGAGCAGAGCCCUUCCCGCCCCCCCCAGCCCUGUCCCCGCUCCCGCCGGCCUCGGUGACACCGUCCCCGGUCCCCGUGUCCCCCCAGCCCGCGCUGUGUGAUGUGAUCGCCGGAGGCAUCGCCGUGCUGCCUUUGCACAACGCCGUGUGUGACCGUCCGCAUCACAGCCUGUACAGAUAAUUAUUUUUCUGCAGGUUUUUUUUUUUGGAUGUUAUUUCUGGUGACUGAUGUAAACUACUGGUAAUUUUAUGUUUUUAUUUAUAAAUAAAUUUUUAAAAACUUC